AUGAAGAUACAAGAUUGACUAAAAAAUAAAUCCGAAGAAAUAAAAGAAAGUCCAGAAUUUGAAGAAACUAAAUCAAAAGCAAAUGAAUCUUUGGAAAAACUGAAAAAUCGUGUGCAGUUGCAUGCAGAUUCAAUCAAAGAUAAAUCUCAAAAAGUCAAAGAGCAUGCUAUUGAAUGAAAAACAGAAACAAUGAAUAAAAUCGAAGAAGCCAAAUCUAAUAUAAAGCCCUCAAUUGAGCAGCUGAAAAAUAAUAUUAAGCCUCAUGCAGAUACCAUUAAAGAAAAAGUCCAGCAAGCUAAAGAAAAUGCUCCUGAAACACAAAAAGAGCUCAAAAAAACAUUUGUUUCUUAUGCAGAUAGGUUUAGAAAUUAUUUGAAAGAGCUAAAAAUUAAAGAGCGCUUUCAAGAAAGAAUGCCAGAAGCUUAUAAGCAUUAUACCGUGAGCAUGGGUUUAGAUCGACCUGAGAACCCCCCUCCCCUCCCCUCCCCCCAUCCCUUGACGGUUUCAGCUUUAUUGAAAUCUCAAAUUGAAUUUGACUUGUCAAAUCCUUAGUCAUUUUGAAUUAACAGUUUUGUUCAAACUGAAACCGUUAGGGGGGUGGAGGGAGGGGAGGCGGAGUUUCAGGUCGAGCCAUAUCUGUUCUGAAGGUAUACCAAAAAUUAUGUGAAACCAGACGGCAGCUCUUGAAAGAAAUAUCCUAUCAAAAUAGAAAAUAUAUUUACUAUGGCUCAACUGUAGCAGUAUUUUAUCUUAGUUCUGGCAUUUUUAAAAGAUGCAGAAGGACUUUAGUUUUUGCGAUUUUUGGUGGCUUUCUUAUAGUGCCAGAAUAUUUUAUGCUCUCUAAUUCCCCCCUCCGUUAGCGAACAAAAUUGUUGGAAAAAUUCUUAUUUUUUUGGGUAAAACCCACCCUCGUGAGCGAACAAAAAUUUUUAAUAGAAAAAUUUUUUAUGGAAAAAAGAUUUUGAUAUAUAAGUGAUAAUUAGUAUAAUGAAUUCUGUAGCUAAUUCUGCGUAAUUUUAAACAGCUUGCAUUUAAAACAUAAAUUUUGUAAUUAAAUAAAUAUUUGCUUUCAAAUUUUUGCAAAUUGGGAAUAUUUUAAAAAAUUUUACUAUAAAGUUAUAAAUUAAAUUUUAAAAAAAAAAUUAACCCCACUCCAGGAGAGCGAGUAAGCCUACUAAUUAA